GAACUCAUGCGGAAAAGAUGUUAGUUAAAGUUUUAACUAUUUACAUUCUGGGUUCUUGCUGCAUUGAAUAAUUGAGCGCACUCUUUUCGGCGUACUACGGCUGUCCUUCAGCAGUGCCUCCUGUUGACGAUGCCCGUCCAGGCAUUCUCCUUCCCCCUUCCCGAGACUCGCUUCUUCCGAGCUGGCCGCCACGUCUACAAGUUCAAGAUCAGGAGCGGCAGCAAAUGCAGUGAAGAGGUUAUCAACGGCGAGCUUGUCACCCUGGAGCUUGAGGAUGCCGUCCGGGUGGUGCUGGCAAACCUUGACAGCCUACAGCCCUUUGUCACCAAGCACUUCCACAUAUUUCCCUACAAGAGCAGGUGGGAGAGGGUCUCUGAGCUGCGGUUUCAGCAGGGAGGGUCGAUCCUGACGGCCUACCCCUUCCUCCUCACACUUUACCUGGAAACACACGACAGCCUGCACGCGCACACAGCGAAGCGGUCCAGGGACUGGACACCGGUGAGAGCAACAGAACAAGAUUUACUCCAUCCGCCUCGGAGCCUCACCUGUCAGCACAAGCGCAGUAGGACCGAGCGGCCACAAGGGGGCACUCCGACCCAGCACACAUGCGGGGCGGCGCGGGAGCCUCCAGAGGGGCCUGCUGGAGCAGAAGCGAUGGCUGGAGACAGGAGGCGCUGCGCGGGGCCGGCGCCUGACACGGCCGGGCGCUCAGGUGGGAGAGCCGCGCCUGACACGGCGCUCAGGUACCAGAACGUUUAG